UUUGAGUAUUUGAGUCUUUGAAUAUAUUUGAGCUUUUUGGUUGAAAUGAACUUCUUAUUUUGGAAGAUUUCCCAAGCUUUUCAACACCGACAAAACAGGAAUUGAUUUAUAGAUAGAUCACGAGUUGCUUUAUUGGGAUAUCUUCGGUUUAUUUGCUUACACUGAGACAAAAUAUGCACAUUCGGCGAUCUUCAUAGGCCGACACAGGUACUCUUGAAAGCCAUCUGUUUUUCACUACCCUUUUGCUCCAAACCAAGUUUAAAUCCAUGAACCGGACAUUCAAUUCAUACCCAGAUGAAAACUAUGCGAAUGUUAGGAGAUCCAUGAGGCAGACUGAGGAUGAUCAUCACAAGAACCUAUCGGACAAGGAUCCGCACUUUGAUUUCAAGAGCAACCAUGAAUUGAAAUUUGGGUUCAGUUCGAUUCGAGUAAUGGGUAUGUUUGUGGUUCUGAUGAUGUUCAUUUCUGUGAUAUUUUCGGUCUCGGUGGUUUUUAGAGAUCCACCGUCGGAUGCUGUAAUUGAAGGUUCAGAUGUGUGGAUUCCUCAGUGGAGUUCUGACCCAGAUUCUAAGGUUGGAGAUCUUCAAACAGUUGUACAGCCAGUUGAUAAACUGCUUAGUGGCCUUCUUUCUGCCAAACAUGUGGUUGGUUCUUGUCUCAGUAGGUACAAUUCAGUUGCUUAUCAACACAAGCUGGCUUACGAACCCUCUGCUUACUUACUCUCCACAUUGCGGGGUUAUGAAGAUCUUCAUAAGCGUUGUGGAGUUCAUACUGAAUCUUACAACAAAACUUUGGAGCAGCUUAGGUCUAAUGGUAGUAGCAGCCCCUCAGACUGUAAAUAUCUUCUGUGGAUUUCCUUCAGUGGAUUAGGGAAUAGAAUACUAACCCUUGCUUCAGCGUUUCUUUAUGCUCUCCUCACAAAUCGCGUUCUUCUUGUUGACCCUGGAACUGACAUGGCUGGUCUUCUCUGUGAACCAUUUCCUGAGGUUUCUUGGUUUCUUCCCCAAGAUUUCCCAUUAAAAGAUGACUUCAGUAGUUUCAACCAGAACUCUCCUAAUUGCUAUGGGAAAAUAAUGAAGAAUAGCAUAACGCCAGAUUCAAGUGGAAUGAUCUUGCCAUCUGUUGUUUAUCUUCAUUUGGUCCAUGAUUACGACGAUGAUGAUAAGCUUUUCUUCUGUGAUCAAGACCAAGCUCUUCUGCAGCAAUCUCCUUGGCUUGUUAUGAAAACAGACAAUUAUUUUGUCCCAUCUCUCUUUUUGAUCCCAUCAUUCGAGAAAGAACUGAAUGAUCUUUUCCCAAAUAAAGAUACGGUUUUCCACUUCUUGGGUCGAUAUCUGUUCCACCCCACAAAUUCGGUUUGGGGACUGAUUACGAGAUAUUAUCACGCUUACUUGGCUAGAGCUAGCGAAAGAAUAGGCAUUCAGAUUAGAGUGUUUGAUACAGGAACUGGACCUUUUCAACACAUUCUGGACCAGGUUCUGGACUGCACCAUGAAAGAGAAUCUGUUGCCACAAACCGAGAGGCAAACGUAUGCCAUUGAUCCAGUUAGUAAUCAAAAGUCAAAAGCCGUGCUGAUAACUUCAUUGAGCGCUGGUUACUUUGAGAAGUUAAGAGAUAUUUACUGGGAGAAUCCAACAGUAACGGGGGAGAUAAUUAGUUUCUACCAACCAAGUCAUGAGGAACACCAGCAAACUGAAAAAAGUAUACAUAACCAAAAGGCAUUGGCAGAGAUGUAUUUGUUAAGUACAACUGAUGUAUUAGUCACCAGUUCAUGGUCGACCUUUGGAUACGUGGCUCAAGGUCUUGGUGGUCUGAAGCCAUGGAUAUUGUACAAACCCGAAAAUCGUACUGCACCGGAUCCACCUUGCCGUCGAGCCAUGUCCAUGGAGCCUUGUUUCCAUGCACCUCCUUUCUAUGACUGCAAGGCUAAGAAAGGAGUGGACACUGGUAAGCUUGUUCCUCAUGUGAGGCACUGUGAGGACAUGAGCUGGGGACUUAAGUUGGUUGAUGAUCCAUAUGAUUGAUUUUGCUGCUUAUGUUGUGAAAUUGUUGUAUUGAACAAAUUUUGCAGUUUGUAGACUACUGUAGAAGAUCAUUAGUUUACUCAAAACAAACUUUUGAAGUUUCCCAUUCCAUUAUUAGAAAUGUUGGAAUGCCCUAUGUAAACCAUAUUUCUGAAGAAAGCUUUGUGAAAUUAAAAUCUUUGAUGAAGUUUUGGAUUGGAAGAACCUAUUUUAAGGAUAAA